GUGUCUGCUUCACCUCCCCUCACACCUGUCCAGUGGUGCACCUCCCAGGCUUCUCUGACCCAGCUGGAUUAGGAUCUCCAGCCGGGCCCCACGCUGACAGCAGAAGACAGACCAACACGUCUCUGUUGGGUUUGUUAGGGACGUGACGGAGACGGUGGGGACGUUUAUCUGUUUUAUGACCUGAUAAGGCAGCAGGACGAGCCUCAGAUCUGGUUAUAAUUUAACCAGAAACCGCUCCCAUCAGCACACACAAGCUCUGUGUCGCUCGGUCCAGGAAGUCGACUGUUCGCCUGUGGAGCUGACAUCAAGCGGGUAGGAUAAAACUUUUCCUGUGAAGCCGACGGUGCAGUCCUAACCAGCCGCUAACCAGAAACCUCGGUUAAAGCUAAAGAUGGAGAUGGAUGACGACUGCUGUUUCCAUGGAAACAACAUCUUUAGCAUCCUGAACCAACGGGGUUCUCACCUGAGAAGCGAAAAGCGAGAUGCUCUUGUCUUGAACGUGUUGUUGCUAGGUGACAGACAAAGUGGGAGGAGUUCUGUGGGGAACGCUCUGAUUGGUGGACAGGAGUUUCCCACGGGGAUCUGUGCUCCAGGCGUUUCCAAGACAACGGGAUGUCAGAUCCGCAGCAGAAGCUUUCCUGGGUAUUUCAGGAGGCAGGGGGCGGAGUCAGACCUUGUGUUACGAAUGAUUGACACACCCACUGUGUGGCCCCGCCCACAGACUCUGCAUGAACACUGCCCUGAGGGCGUGCACGUGCUCAUGAUUGUAGUGAGAACAGACCAGCCACCUGAAAACACACGACUGCAGCUUUAUGCACAGAGCGUCUUCGGUCCAGACUGGAAUCGCCACACAACGCUCAUCUUUACUCAUGCUGACCUUCUGCAAGAGGCGGGGCUUCAGCCAUCUGCCUACCUUGCCCACACCACCGAUUGGCUGAAAGCACUGGCUAAAGAAGUUGGGGGUGGAGUCAGUUUCUUAGACAACACCUCCGAUUGGCCGUUAAUAAGAGGACGUCCACUGAGAGACCAACUUCUCCGUCUUUCAGCCAGAAACCAUCACCGAGCUCUGAAGAUCCGGGCGGAGGUCUGAUGGAAGACGUAUUUUUGUUGUUAUUGGUUUCAUUGGGUUACUAAUAAUAAACGAUAAUCAUUGGACUGAA